AUGUGCCAUAAGGUGAUUCAUCUACUUCCUAAAGAUGGUUUGAAAUGGUACCAUUACAAUUUCUUGAAUAAGCCUAUUGAUCCUGAGUAUUAUGUUGAUUCUAUUUUUGAAACCGAGUCGAGAGGAAAAUUUCUCAAACUCUAUGCAAACCACGACUUGUUGAAAUUUAUUGGUCUGAGCAAGAAAUUUAACCCCGGUCAUGUUAAUGCCUUUUACUGCAACCUUGAACUUACUAUUGUUGGACUUAAGAGUAGAUCCAAGAUUAAUGUUAUGAAAUUUGCAUAUGGUUAUCUUACUAAGUACCUUGGUUUGACUUCUUCUAGUGCAAGCAUAAUUGCUGCUAAAUUGUCUGAGUAUGAUAAAGUUCAUUUUGUUCUGUCUAUUUCCAAGUUUGUGGCUAAGAACAUUGUUAUGUUAAACUUCCUUAUUAGUCAUACAAUUCUAGAAGUUAAUGGUAUUGUGUCCAAGGAAGAAGACUUCGUUGAAGAUUUGACGAUUAUGGAUGAAUACAGAUUUUCCAUGAUGAGGUACUACAUAUACAUUGAUGGUGUUUACUAUUAUCUUGAGAAAUCUGGCAGGCAGAUGUAUGAUGACCGAAUUAUGGAAACAGUGAAGGACCCUUCUAAUGAGGUUGGUGCAUCUAGUUAUGGACUAUUAUCUACUGAUGUGAAAACUUAUCUUGAUAAGUUGGUUAGGAAGAUUUUGGAGGAUAACAAGGUCAAAGAAGAAAUUAUUAUGGGUAAAAUUGAAGUUGUGGCAAAAAAAGGUGAAGAAAGCCGAAACAGGUUGAAAGAAGAAUUGAAGGACGAUGAAAUUCUGGUAUGA